CCUGGUCCCAGAGCCCUGCAGAGCUGAGGUGGGCAGGCAGCAGGAGCUCACCAUGGCCCUGGCAGACAACACGGGCUGUGCCAAAGCCGGCGAGGACUUCACUUUCCCUGAGAUCAUCGAACUCAACGUGGGCGGACAGGUCUACAUCACCCGGCACCCCACGCUGGUCAGCGUGCCCGGCUCGCUGCUCUGGGAGAUGUUCACCCAGAAGAACGCCCGCUCCCUGGCCCGCGACAGCAAGGGCCGUUUCUUCGUGGAUCGGGACGGCUUCCUCUUCCGCUACAUCCUGGAUUACAUGAGGGACCAGCAGCUGGUCCUUCCCGACCACUUCCCGGAGCGCAGCCGCCUGCAGCGCGAGGCCGAGUACUUCGCGUUGCCCGAGCUGGUGAAGAUGCUGAGCCCCAGGCUCAGCAAGCAGAACUCCCUGGGGGACGACCCGUGCCAGAGCGACCCCGAGGAGCCCUCCCCCAGCGCCGAGGCCGCCCGCAGCCUGAGCUCUGCUGCCCCCCAACCCAGCGCCGGGCCCGGGGGCGCGAUGGGCGCUGCGGUGGCCGACGCCCGCAGGGCGGGUUUCACCACCAUCGGGUACCGGGGCUCCUACACCCUGGGCAGGGACAGCCAGACGGACGCCAAGUUCCGGCGGGUGGCGCGGAUCAUGGUCUGCGGCAAAACCUCGCUGGCCAAGGAGGUCUUUGGGGAUACCUUGAACGAGAGCAGGGACCCGGACAGGCCCCCGGAGAGGUACACCUCCAGGUACUACCUCAAGUUCACCUUCCUGGAGCAAGCCUUUGACAAACUGGCCGACGCUGGCUUCCACAUGGUGGCUUGCAACUCCACGGGCACCUGUGCCUUCGCCCACGACCAGACAGACGACAGGAUCUGGACCUCUUACACCGAAUAUGUUUUCUAUCGUGAGUGA